AGGCAAUGUCUUGGGAUCGAUGGCUUUUAUAUUUCUAAUGAUACUCGAAAUCCAUUAUGUCUUCAGCUAAUUACAUUAGCCCCUCUAGGCAACAUUCAUACUUCUCCAGGUUACUUCUAGAACUUCUUGGAAAGCAAAUUGCGGCCUCUCAUUUAUUAUCAACCCUAUUGACAGUCGUUUACCUAUGGCUACCUAUUUAGGUUGGGCCUUUCCCGGUAUGUUCUGGAACUCAAACAACUCUAUCGAUACCUCGUCAUAUUGUCCCCAGCCUUACGACAAUUGUAGAUUGAAUUACUAUCGUGGCGCGAGGACGUUGAAUUAAUCUUUCACGUUAAAAAGGUACAUACCCCUCAUCAGAAAUCCUACUUGGAAAUGUAUUUCGAACAGGAGUUUGUUUCAUCCAAAUCAUUACUAUCUGCUCGACAACUGUCACCGGAUGAAAUUCAAGUCUUCAAAGAGCUCUUUGACUCCUAUGACACAGACAAGGGCGGCAACAUAAGUGUGGAAGAAUUUGCGAAAGUAAUGUCUCAGAGUCCCGGAAAGCAGCCAACGGCAGAUGAAGUGCAGCAAAUCAUCAGAGAGGUUGAUCUCGACGGUGAUGGAACUAUCAACUUCAAUGAGUUCAUCACGAUGAUGACAGGCCAGACGUACCCCCCAGUAGACGAAAAGGUCGACUAUGCUAAAGCAUGGAAGCAAUUUGAGCCCUCCCUCAAGAGCUCAAUUACACAAAGCCAAUUCCGGCAACUCGUAGCGGGAUUAGGAGAGGCUAUCGGCGACGUUGAAAUUGAUCAAAUAAUCAAUAACGUAGAUGGAGAAGGCAAAAUCACUUUCCAAGAGUUUGAAAAUUUCAUGAAGAAUAGGAGUCUGGUGGAUGAGAUCGUGAAUGGGUAUCAGUGAUGGGCUUGAUAUAAUGCCACAGAUGGCUAAAAGUGAUGAUUUGAUAUAUGGUAUUGAUGACCCGAAGCUUAUCCUUCGGUGGCAUUGUUAUCACUGCACCUGUAGAAGGAAGAAAAUCUACGUAUCCGGCAAGACUCCUAUAUCUAAUUCUACUCCAUCAUAGCCUCUGUGAAGAUAUAGAUCAUUGGAAACACAAGGCCGAACCCACCGACACUACUAACGGAAAACUUUACUUAACCAGACUAGUUUAAUCCUCUUCACUUGAACCAUCUGCCUCCUCUUCUUUGG